AAUCGAUGUAACCGUGGUACCACCAUCCUGCAAUCAAUCAUCCUCAUUAAAACUUGCUUUUAACACCACGACCCACGUCUCCUACUAUCCCUUAUUUGAUGGACCUUCCAUUUGCUCAGAGCUCCAAUGCUACACCUAUAAAUAUAACUAAUUGUUCUCGAUUCAGUCAUAUUCAUUAAUUCCUUCUUCUCAAACAAUUAGAAUCCUUAGAAAACCAGUCAGAUUCACCAGUCAUGGCUGCUUCCACGAUUCUGCUCGCUGAUUUGAUAUCGGACCACUGUCCCGAUACGAGCGAUUUGUCGUCCCUGAAGGCACCAAAAAGAUGUAAUUCUAGGGUUUCGUAUGAGAGGGGCACGAAGAUCAUCAACGCUGCUUCCUUCACGAUUGAGAGAGAAGACCACACCAUUGGCAACAUCGUCCGCAUGCAACUUCACGGCGACGAGAAUGUGUUAUUUGCUGGAUACCAACUGCCUCAUCCUCUCAAGUACAAGAUCAUAGUCAGGAUUCACACCACAAGCCAGUCUUCCCCGAUGCAAGCAUACAAUCAGACUAUCAAUGACCUUGACAAGGAGCUUGACUUUCUCAAGAGCCAGUUUGAGUUGUACUAGAUUGAAAGCUACAAUGAUAUUUGUGGAAGCUGAGUCUCCCCAGGCGAAGUUGCAUCUAGAGGUGUAGAGUUCAUUAACUGGUGGUUACCAUGGUUACUAAAUGACAUUUUUCUUCCUUUUUAGGUACUAACUAUUUUCCCAUUGAUUUGAAAAUAUAUAUGCCAGUUGCUUUGUCAACGCUCUGGAUAAGGAAAGAAAAAGAGAUUGCAAAUAUAUCUCACAGUGGCUUCCUGCAUAGCGUCUUAACAUAAAGACGACAUACGAUAGAGUUGUCUUUAGAAUAAGCGACCUUAACGCACAAACCUGAAGAAAUGCAUUUACCAUUUAUUGUGAAAAUUCAACAUUUUCCAGCCUCAAAAAGGUUAUGAUCAAAUAUUAUAGUGUCUCUGAGAUACAUGUAUCAGACGUGCAUAAAACUUUUUUCUUUCUUUUAUUACAACUCAAGAAUUAGAAGAUCAA